GUUUCCGGCAAUGUUAGCUGAAAAUAUCUUGCAGUAGCUUUACGUGCUCCCGGUUCAAUAUUACUGUUGGUAACCGAGCUGCCCAAAUUAAACCUAUAAUGGCAAUGUCGUUAGCGGUGGUUUUAUUACUCAUAAUAGGGAUUUCAUUUACACACGGAACGACGAAUGUCAAUCCAGAGUAUGGACGUUGGGAUAAGACUCGUAUUCCUUACUGCUUUGAUUCUCAGCUAACCACGGUAGAACAGUCAGCCGUCAAUAGUGCCAUUGCGAUUCUAGCCGGCACUACUGGAGCACUGCAAGGCUGUUUGGUUUUCGCGCCGGUACCAUGUACUUCCACAGAAUUUAAAAUUCGAUUCACUAUUCCCACUGGCACCGGAACGGCCGCAUACUCAUCCAGUAUGCCCGGUCGCUGGAUGAGGGCGCCCACCGGAACAUAUGAGCAGGCUGUCUCCUUGGCACGCGACACCCUGACGCGCUGUAGCACCGAUCCUAGGUGUAUAGCGCGCUACAUUGUCAACACCAUGGGCAAGCGUAACGAGCACGAACGUGGUGAUCGUGAUAGUUUCAUUACGGUGCAACCCGAUUCAGCGCUGACCGUACCGGCAGCUUACCGCAAGUACAGCGAACAAGAAGCGUACUGGAAGAGUUAUCCUUAUGAUUACUGCAGCAUUACGCAUAAUCAGCCCGCUGACUUCGCUGCUACUGGAACCGCUUUCACACUACCGGCUUCUGCGCCCAUGCCCUGUAUUCCCAGACUGAGUCAGAUCAGUGCCACCGACUGCACACUGCUGAACAUCACCUACCAGUGUGGACUCCGAUGUGAUACCACCAAUGUUUAUGUUGCCCAGUGCAACCCCGCGCAGUGCACCGGCGUCACAACCACGACUACGACAACGACGACGACCACACCAACCACAACGACCACGACACCGUCACCCAACUGCCAGGUCAACUUCUGCUCCACCCCGCCACCCCAGAUCAACGAAGCAUCACUGCUCUUCAACAAUCGAUACUAUCUAUUCUCUGGUGCCUGUAUGAUCGAAGUUGACGGCCCGACAACGAGACUGAUUACCGGAGCACAAUCGCGAACCAUUGGCAGUAUGCUGAUCGGUGUAACGGGACCGGUGUCAGCCGUGUGGACGGAUCAGAUGAGCUUUACUACUUACGUGCAGACACAGGCUAAUCAGUUUUAUUCCUGCUCGGGAGCCUCCGGCGCCACAACUGCAACGUGUACACAACUGCCACAAAGGCCAGCCACAAUAACGGGUUUCGGACCCAACGAUCCGGAAUUCGAAUGGGCCGGCUCGCAAACUGGACCGUACGCUUGGUACCGUUACAGCAAUACAGCAAGGCAGUAUGUUAACGAAUACACCCAGCAGCAAAGGGCACCCACAACCGGAACCGGCGUCACGGCUGGUAUUACCGGCAACUGGAACGGUGUAUAUAUGGUUCGAGGAACCGGCGGUACCAACUCCGUAGUGGUUAUUGGAUUGGAUAAUACCGGCACCAACCAGAUGGUACAAACACUGACACCACAAGGAAACGAUGUAUUCCAAUGGACCGGCACCGCCACAACACUUACCACCGCCUUAGGUUGCACAGCCGGCACUAAUACCGGCACCGGUACCGGGACUGGAACGGGAACCGGAACAGGGACAGGCCAAGGUCCCCCACCGGUUAUGGAUUUUAUCAAUCGACCAAAAGUUAACGGCUAACAGCGCUUUGGCGUCUGUCCUAGCGUUUGUUUCUGCUUUUGCAACUUGCCUGACAUACUUGAUGGUGUUCUGAUUAGUAGACGUUAAUUUUUGUGUUUUUUUCUGCAAUAAACCAAAUCCAGUUAUUUUGUAUCAGCAGCAUAUAUAGCCAGAGCUGCACUACCAUAUGCUAUACAAUAUGUUAUAUCUCGACAUUCGCAUAAAAAAAUAUCGGUA